AUGAGGAUUUUUUUCUAUUCCAACAGAAAAUUUUUCACAAGGAAUGGGAACCCGUUAACUCCACCCGAUUGGUUCGUUGAAGAGUUCCCGGAUGACAUGUCAUUGGACGGCGAGCUGUUUGGUGGGCGGGGCAUGUUCCAGUCAACUGUCAGUAUUGUGAAAACAGCUAAAGACCCAAGGUGGAAGAACAUUCGAUAUAAGAUAUUUGACACCCCCAGCAAUGGCUCGCUGCCCUUUGAGAAGCGAAUGGAAAUUCUGCAAGACAGAUUUGAGGAGGGAAAAACUACAUACUUGUCUCUGGUAGAACACACAAAGUGUAAAGGCAAAGAGCACAUUGAGGAAGAGUUGCCGAAGGUGUUAGCCCGCGGUGGAGAGGGCCUAAUGAUCAGGGAGCCAAAGUCAAAGUACGAACAAAGAAGGUCGUACACCCUGCUCAAGAUCAAAAAGUUUUACGACGCCGAGGCAGUAGUAAUUGGUCACGAGAAGAGUAAGAGUGGAGCCGGCGGUUGUGGGGCGCUGAGGUGCCGAAUGGAGUGUGGCAAGGAGAUAAAAGUCGGAUCAGGGUUAACAAAUAAAGACAGGCGGAACCCGCCCAAAAUCGGCACCAUCAUCACCUACAAAUUCCAGGAAUAUUCGGAUUCGGGAAAUCCAAGGUUCCCCUCCUAUAUCGGCGUGCGCAUCGAUAUGGACUCGCCCAAAGACGCCAUACUUCCCGCCAAAAUCAAAGAGGCUGCCACGUGAGACAGCCCCCUGUGGGCAGAGGGCACUAAAUCUCAGGUUGUUGUGUUACAGUCACGUGAGAUGUAAUCAGGACACUUGUGAUUCGUUCGUUUUAGCACGACUUUCUGUAAUUGGUUUUUCAAUCCAGCCGGGCAUUCUUGGUCUAUCGGAGAGCGCUUAGUACGAAAAUAAUGGAAAGUUUUGACAGAUAUGAGGCUUAAGAACGAAAGUUCCAUACUUUUGGCGAGAGAGUACAAUUAAGGUGGCAGGCAGUUAGGAGGUGCAAACAAACACCCUCCUGGCCUUGUCACCGCGGAAAGCGUUUAUUUCAUACAUGUUAUAUAGGCCGAUAGACCGCUAUUCGAUGGAAUUUCGAAGGCAACGCCAUGUAUCAGCAGUAUAAUUGCUGAAAAUAAAAACGACGACCUUGUAUACAUGUGGCAUACAUACAGGUAUUUAUUUUUAUCAGGGUGGUUAUUAAUACAUCUGAAAGCUUUAACACGGCAGCAAGUAAAUCAGGAAGUAAAAUAGAUGAGCCAUAAUCAUUACUGUGUAAUUAAUAUUUUCGUAUCAGUGAGUGUAUAGCUGAGAGUUUUGGACAGAAUAACGCUGUUACAUGAUAAAGUUUCUGCGUUUUACAUAUUGUAGUCACAUUUGUCUGGUAUAUGACGUAAAUGUGUAAGGCGUCAUCGCAAUAUGGACUCAUGAAUGUUAUUUAUUCAACACAAAGAUGACAAAAGUGCUGACUUUGUCUGUGAUAUAUAACACAUGCGGGAUACUAAAUAUAUGUCAAUCAUGUGUCUUUAUCUACAUUUUAAACGUUUAUUAUACACACCAUUUUACAUGUGGAUGAUUUGUAAUAAAUUUGUUCAUUUAUUGUGAAGUGCAAA